CUGGCUGAAUAAGGGUCACUUUUCCCAGAAGAUUGUGAAGCCGUUUGUGUAUAAAGAACGGUGGCCUGAGAGGUUCGGCCACACUGACCGCCUGAUCACUUCGCCAGACUUGUUCCAAGGGACCAACACACGCAGGUAUAAACUAUCAUCAUGUGUGACGACGAAGAGACGACAGCUCUGGUUGUUGACAAUGGCUCCGGACUGGUCAAGGCUGGCUUCGCCGGCGACGACGCCCCCAGGGCUGUCUUCCCAUCCAUCGUCGGCCGCCCAAGGCAUCAGGGCGUGAUGGUCGGUAUGGGUCAGAAGGACGCCUACGUGGGUGACGAGGCUCAGAGCAAGAGGGGUAUCCUCACUCUGAAGUACCCCAUCGAGCACGGCAUCGUCACCAACUGGGACGAUAUGGAGAAGAUCUGGCACCACACCUUCUACAACGAGCUGCGAGUGGCCCCUGAAGAGCACCCUACCCUGCUGACAGAGGCUCCCCUGAACCCUAAGGCCAACAGGGAAAAGAUGACCCAGAUCAUGUUCGAGACCUACAACGUUCCCGCCAUGUACGUGGCCAUCCAAGCAGUCCUCUCUCUCUACGCGUCCGGCCGUACGACUGGUAUCGUGCUGGACUCCGGCGAUGGCGUGACCCACACCGUGCCCAUCUAUGAAGGCUACGCCCUGCCGCACGCCAUCAUGCGUCUGGACCUGGCCGGGAGGGACCUGACAAACUACCUCAUGAAGAUCCUGACUGAAAGAGGCUACUCAUUCGUCACCACAGCUGAGCGUGAGAUCGUCCGUGACAUCAAGGAGAAGCUGUGUUACGUCGCGCUGGACUUUGAACAGGAGAUGAUGACGGCGGCCACGAGCUCCAGUCUGGAGAAGAGCUACGAGCUGCCUGAUGGACAGGUCAUCACCAUCGGCAACGAGAGGUUCAGGGCACCGGAGGCCUUGUUCCAGCCUUCCUUCCUCGGUAUGGAGUCCACAGGAAUCCACGAGACCACCUAUAACUGCAUCAUGAAGUGCGACAUCGACAUCCGUAAGGACCUGUACGCCAACAACGUCCUGUCCGGCGGCACCACCAUGUACCCCGGUAUCGCUGAUCGGCAACAAAAGGAGAUCACUUUCCUGGCUCCCAGCACCAUGAAGAUCAAGAUCAUCGCUCCCCCAGAGAGGAAGUACUCCGUGUGGAUCGGCGGGUCCAUCCUGGCCUCCCUGUCCACCUUCCAGGCCAUGUGGAUCACCAAGCAGGAGUAUGACGAGUCGGGACCGUCCAUCGUGCACAGGAAAUGCUUCUAAAUACAGAACACUUAUUGUUUCUUUGGCAAAAAACUUCAAUUUGAUUGCUACUAUAAAGUUCCAUGUAAGUUGAGAAGUUGAUACUACGUGUUGUCAAAUUGUGACCGCUCUCUGAGAUGAGUUUGUAUUAUGGGAAAUGGGAUGUGAACAGAUGCACGUGGGUGGACAGUGUGGGCGACUGGGCUGGCAAAAUCGAAAAUAGUAGCACUUGAAUUUGGAGUUUGUGAUUCCGAUUGUUGACCGAUGAAUCAAUGGCUUCUUUUCGCAAAGCUAAAAUAAGAA